UGAGAAAGUAAAUACUCAAUAUACUUCAUUGUGGGGAGACUCGAGAGUAUAUAACUUUCAUUUCGAACAAAGUGAUGCCUUAUAAUUUCAUGCAAAAAAUCCACUAUGCCCCUAAUGUCCAUCUUCAUCCCCAAUGAGAGAUCAAACUCUAGGCACUAGUAGAAUACUGCUUCUAGUGACGCUGAAAAAGUAUUGAGAAUAUGACGCUUAGUGAUACUAAAUUUGGUGUCACUGAUCGUAAAACAAUAGUGUUGAUGAAGUUUCAUGUUGCCAUUCAUUUGCUUCACUGGUAGCCUGCACUGUCUAUGAUGAAAACCGCUUGAUCAGGAGAAUCAGUGGACGAGAAUAGCUUGAUGAGGUAGAAGAUUAGUGGCCGAGAAUGGAAGACAGGGCUAGAAUUAAGGUUGUAAGUGUCUGAGAAUUGUUCGAUCUUUAACUAAAUAAGAAGGGGAAGGAGUAAAAUAAUCAAAGUAAAACUUGAAAUUUUAUUGAGGGAUGAGUUUAUGCAACUUUAAAAUUGAGACAAUAUUAAUUUUGGUUACGAUAUUUUAUUAAAAGACCUUAUUUGAUAAGGUAGUAAAACUGUUACAAUAUGAUAUAAUUUUAAUCUAAUAUUAAAUUUGAAAUUAAUAUUGUAAAAUUAGAAACCCGUUUUGUAGACUACAAGCAUCCAAAUUAUACAAAUAAAGGUAACAAGAAUUUGAUUGUUCUUUCCUACAAUUUUUAUGGCAGUAAACAAUUUCAAGAAUAAUUUUACUCAAAAAUAGUACUACCUCACACAGGACGCUAUGUUGCACGGAUACGGAUACACCGAUAUGCCAAUAUGCAAAUACGGAUACAGCGAUACGGCAAUUUCAAAAAUUAUAGGAUACGGUGUCAAGAUAUGUCAAGACAAAAGUAGCCACAACAGCAGAUUGGUGGAGUAAUAUUCCCCAGGCCAAACCAUAAGGAGGCAAAAGCUGUUACCUGAAAUCUCAAAGAAUCAAGCUAAGAAAGCAGAGAUAGAGAGGGGCUUUCAUGGAUGAAACCAAAAUAAGCUCAACCAGUGGUUGGUCAUCAUCACCAAUAACCAACAUAGCUGAGGAGCAGCUGUUGACCAUAUUGCUGUUUUUACCCAUAGAUUCAAUCCUGAGCUUUGCCAUGACCUGCAAGAGGUUCAAGUCACUGUCUCUAUCUGACCCCCUUUGGGAAUCCAUCUGCAGGAAGGAUUGGGGCCAGUUUUCAGUGGAUUCCCUCAAACCCAUGCUUCAAACCAAACAUGGAAUCUCUUGGAUAAAUCUCUACCGCCAAAUCCGCCAGCUGGACUCUCUGAGUUGCCACAGAAUCUUGAUGAGCAACCAGGAGCUUCCCACUCCCAGAGCUUCUCAUUCACUCAUUUUUGUAUCCAAUUGCCUUGUUCUCUUUGGUGGAGGCUCUGAGGGAGGUAAGCACCUUGAUGACACGUGGAUAGCACGUAUAGACAGUGACAUCAGGGUAAGAUUGAAAUGGGAAAAAAUAGCUGUGGGCAGUCCAAGCGGACGGUUCGGGCAUUCAUGUGUAGCCAUUGAAAAUUUCAUUGUCCUCUUUGGAGGCAUCAACGACCUCGGCGCUCGCCAAAAUGAUGUUUGGAUAGGGCAGGUGUCAUUCCAGGAUUCACUUAGCGGCAGUGUUACUUUGUCUUGGAGACUACUGGAUGUGAGUGAAACUAUCUCACCUCCUCCCCGAGGGGCCCACGCAGCUUGUCCCACCGAUGACGGAAUGAUGAUGCUUAUCCACGGAGGCAUUGGAAUGUCCGGGAUUAGACUAGAUGACACUUGGGUUCUUGUCUUCUCAAAAGACCACCAUUCUGGGGUAUGGCGGGAACUAGUGACUUGCUCUUCUCCUCCGUCUCGGUCCGGUCACACGUUGACCAACAUUGGGAAGAACCAAAUAAUCAUGUUUGGAGGGCGAGGGAGAGGGUACGAAGUUCUCAACGAUGUGUGGCUGUUGCAUGCAUUGUCAUGUGAAGGUGAAUGGCAUUGGGUGGAGUUAUUAUUUGACUUGCAGGGUCCUCAAGGGCUGGUGGAUCUACCUCGGGUCGGCCACUCCGCGAACCUCAUCGUAGGUCGUAAACUACUCAUAUACGGAGGUGAAGACUCGCAUAGACAUAGAAAAAAUGACUUUUGGGUGUUGGAUAUUGGUUCUUCACUGUUAAACAUGAAUCCUAAGAGAUCAUAUAUUUCAAAAGGGUGGACGGAGUUAAGGGGGAUAGGCGAUAAACCUGAACCUAGGUCAUUCCACCGAGCCUGCACGGACUAUUCAGGUCAAUACUUGUACAUAGUUGGCGGAAUGGUAGAUUGCUUAUGUCAGCCUGGUGGAUUACCAGGGUUAAGAUUUGAUGGAGGGCAGUUUCUCCUUGAGAUAUUGCUUCGAGUAUAAAAAUCUUAAAAUGGUUUUUCCUGUUAGUCCUCGGAUUGUUAUUUCAGUAAUGCAAUUAAUCCCUACCUAAUGUAGUAGUGACACUUCCCAUCUUCAUCUAUGGCGUCAAGAUUCAAA